UAGUUCUGGUGGAGGAAAGACGUGAAAAAAAGGAGUGAGGUCAGGCGGUGAUUGAGUGACCAAGGAACAGAACUGAACACUAAGUAGUCGAUCCCAUGUGUGUGCGAGGGACUGGAGGAGGGGGAGGAGGAGGCCGCCCCCUCACCCCCUCGCCGGCGUAGUAGUGCGCUAACAAAGUGGAGUAAGUGGAGUGCGAGAAGGAGCAAAGAUAAGGAGGCGGAAGAGGAGAAGUGCGGGCUGGUGUAUGUGGAGUGAGGGUGUGGAGUGAGUGACCAGCCCGCACAAUACACACCCUGCUACUCCUACUGCUACUCCUGCUGCCACUCCCUCAUGGUUCUCAACAGCGAGGAGGGCGGGGAAGGUGCGGGCGAGGGGGGGGACGCCGCCCCGCCCACGCCGCGGCACCACCACGCCAAGCACCAACUCAAGUAUGGCGAGCUGGUCAUCCUCGGGUACAAUGGCUACCUGCCGCCCUGUGAUAAAGGAAGGAGACGGAGCAAGUUUGUGCUGCACCGGCGUCCGGGGGCCAACGGGGUGAAGCCGGCCAAACACUAUGUGGUGCGGACACCCCAGAACACACAGGCCAUUCUGGACACGCAGCAGCACAGCAUAUCCUACACGCUGUCCCGGAACCAGGCGGUCAUUGUGGAGUACCAGCUGGAUUCCGAGACGGACAUGUUUCAGAUCGGACGCUCUUCUGAAACGCCUAUCGACUUUGUGGUCAUGGACACGAUACCUGGCGAUAAGCACGGGGAGAUGAAGGUCACCCAGAGUACAAUAAGUAGAUUCGCGUGCCGGAUCAUCGCUCACCGCACGAUGCGCACCACUCAGGUUUAUGCCGCUGGCUUCGACUCCUCCCGCAACAUCUUCCUUGGGGAGAAGGCGACCAAGUGGCAGAACAAUGGGGAGAUUGACGGCCUGACCACUAACGGUGUGCUCAUCAUGCACCCGCCCACCCAAUUCUGUGGGGGGGAGGCCAGGCCGGGCAUCUGGAGGGAGGUGUCUGUUGGUGGGGGAGUGUAUGCACUACGGGAGUCCCGAUCAGCGCCACAGAAGGGGAACAAGAUAGAGGAGGAGACUAAUGUUUUACAAGACGGAACGCUAAUAGACCUGUGUGGUGCCACGUUACUCUGGAGGUCCGCUGAAGGCUUGGGAAAGUCUCCGACCAAACGACACCUUGAACAAAUGGUGGAUGACCUGAAUGCGGGUCGCCCCCAGUGUCCAGUGGGGCUGAACACGCUGGUGAUCCCUCGCAAGGCCACGCUCACCUCCACAGAGAAGCAGCCCGUGGUGUACCUCAACUGUGGCCACGUGCAGGGACUUCACGAGUGGGGUCACGAAAAGGACUCCAACUCCCACACCUGCCCCAUGUGUCUUAAGGUUGGGCCAGUGGUCAAGUUAUGUAUGGGAAUAGAACCAGCGUUUUAUGUUGACAGUGGUCCUCCGACAUUCUGUUUCAAUCCCUGUGGACACAUGGCCUCAGAAAAAACAGUGAGGUAUUGGGCAGCAGUACCCAUUCCCCACGGAACUAAUGGGUUUCAUGCUGCCUGUCCGUUCUGCGCCUCACCACUCGAGGGUGACCCAGGGUUUGUCCGCCUCAUAUUUCAAGAUAAUUGCGAUUGAAUCCCUCCCUUUGUACACUAUAGUAUUAUAUAUGGACAUCCUCCCAUAAUGUAUCACCACCCUUCACUUUAUUUUGCACUCUCGCAUAUUCGUUAAACAUGCUGGUCAUAGAAGGUACACCUCAGAUGCCACUCUUUACCAUGAAAUCUUGUGUUCUUAUGCAAAUUGAUAUAAUAAUCUUUCUUGAUAUGGACAAUAUUUAACCUGCAGCCACAGGGGUCACCAGUGUUAAUGUCUGAUUGACAAGUUACACAACUAUGCAUCAAAUGCAACUGACCAAAGCAUUCAAAAUGUUGAUGAUAAUCCUAGUUGUUUGUGAAUCUCUUAAGCUAUUGAGGUAAGGGUUCAGUAUGUUAUAUUAUGUUCCUGUAUGGAAGGAGCUUUUUAAAUCAAUGUUUUGGUAAAUAAAACUACAGUUAUGGAGUUGCUUGUCUGGCUGAGUUCUUGCCAGUAUUUAUCCACCUCCACCAUCAUGUUGGCAAGGUAACCCACCUGUUGUCGCAGCUGCAGUGUAGAACUUGUUGAGUUUAUCUUCCUCCCAGUUACCUCAAGAAUGAUUAUUACUGCUGCUUCUCCAAUUGUUACCGUACUCUACCUUUUUUUUUUACAUUGCCAUGCAAACAUGGUGCUUACCCCAGCACUGGUGCCAAUUCAUAAAGCUUGUAAGCCUAUCCAUUUUUACAAUAAGCAUUUUUAUAUAACUUCAGGUCCAAUAAGACACAUUGGCCAGGGGCAAGGAACCUUUCUGCCUCGCCCCCUCCCAGUCAAGCAAACACUGGGUUUGAGAUAGUCACUGGGGAACUCUUGGAGCUGUUAAGUGUGGCAAUACUUGACCAGGAAGCUGCUCAUGCAUAACCCUUGUUGAGGAACUGUCUUGGAUGAAGGAAAUUUUUUUAAUUUCAAGCAGUUGUUAUCUGUAUUUUAGUACAUAACUAAUUAAAAGUAUAUUAUUUUUUAAGAGUGCAAUAUUGUCAUGUACUGGUGAAGAGGUGGACUGUCCAGUUUUAUCUUUGUAUUUAUGUUGUUUUGAAGCUAUGAAUAUAGUGUGAGUCAUGAGAAGUGAUCUACUUGUUAAGUGUAUUUUGUGUGCCUGAUACUAUGGGUCUGGCCUGUAGAUUGCUCUCAGUACACCUCACUGCAAGUCCAGCUGCUCCUGUGACCUAGACAGAAACUGGAGGCUUUUAUUCUUUGCAACUGGCCUGAGGAUGAGAUGGGAAUGUAAAAUCUUAUAAUAUUUAAAGAUGUAUUUGCAUUCUUCCAUGGUGGCUUUAAGGGAGAACCAUUGUAAAAAGUAUAACCUUAAUGACAAAAUAGUGUAGAACCACUGACAAUGUCACGAAGAGAACUUACUAUGUUUGGUGUGUGUGAUGUUAGGCCUGUUAAGGUUCCCAAUGUUGUGUGAUGUGCCAGAAACUUGACUUUGAUGGAUUGUGAGGUAGGGACCACGUGGCCUUACUUUCCAUACGAUGAGAAGGGAUGUUCAUGGAUUACUACAAAUUAAUUUUAAGAGUAAGAUUGUUAUGGUUUAAUCAUGGGGAUAAGAGGAAGGGACAUUUCCAGAAUUAAGUGCAGUCAUGAAGUGGUGCUGCUUCAGUAGAAUUUUUUUCCAGAUCCGUUACCGUAGCACCCACCACAAGGUGUGAUGUAGCAGAGGAAGCAUAUUUUACUGAGUCAGACUUUAGCAGUGCUUAAUUAGAUGCAGAGCAAUUACAACAGGUAAUUAUAUAUUACUGUGCAGCUCGCUGGUAAUGGUUCAACACAUCUGAGUAGCUCAUGUGAGAGAAUGUGGGCAUUUGUGAUUGCUGGUCCUGCUCUUUCCCAAAGUAUCUGUUUCACAGCUCUUGAAGAAUAUGUAAUUUACAGAUGUAAAUUUUCAGUUGAUCUUUAUAUUUAUUGAUGGACCUUUUCCCAACUCUUACCGUGAUUUCCACUGGGGAGAAUACCGUUCAAGUUCAUGGUUCCAAACUUUUAAUUACCACCUUUAGUUACCUCAUUAGUCACAAGCAUCAGUAAUAUUUUGCCCUGAGGUAUGGCCAUCAUCAAGCUGAAAUUCAAAUUUUUACCCCCUUAGGUUGCUACUGUAAUUAUGCUGCCAGAAAUCUGGUUAUUCAUAAAGCCUAUUUGCUACUUUUAACAAUGCACAGCAGCUCACAGGACUUUUUCUCUUAGUGACUCACCAGCCUUGUGAGUCUUUAUGAGUUUUUAAAAGUGGUAGAGAAUAUGGUCCCUGGCAGCAGCCUGUGUUCAGAAAGCAUUUUUGCCACUUUUCAUGACUCAGCAGCUCACAAGGAUCAUGAUUCACCGGAAGUAAAGGCCUUGUGAGCCUGUUCAAGUCAUUAAAAGUUGCUUUAUAUAUAUGGACCUUGUAUUGUAUUUCUUGGAAGGAUACUCAUUUGUUUAAGGGAUCUAGUUCAUCGUAGAAACAUUUUAAUUUAAAUGGAAACUACUUAUCAAAUACAUAAUAUGGACAGAAUUCAAGACAGACCACUGUACUGUAUGAAACAUGGCUUCAGUAAUGGCCAGACAUUUUUAUGAAUAUGUUUAGAAGCAUAAGCUUCUUGUUCACAUUAUACAUAUGAUAGGGAGACAUUUGGACCAAAUUUAUAUAUGUAUCCUCUGUUAUGUUUAUGGCUUCAAUUGUUUAAUUUGUGUUUGCCCGUAUGUGUCUGUGUGCACUCUGUGUGCAUGCAUUUUGUGUAUAUGUUUGUAUGGAUUCAUGUAUGCAUGCAUGCAUGCAUACAUGUAUGCAGGCAUUCAUGUAUGCUGCAGCAGUGCUGGAAGUUUUUACUGGUUAAAUUAAAAACAUUGGUCAGAACAAAUUUUACAAAUGAGGGAAUGUACAAAAAUCUCUAUACAUUGCAUACCAAGUCUUAAGUAAGAUAUACAGAAUGGUUCAUUUAUGAUUUCCUGGUGCAGAUCAAGAUCAGUAAACAUAUCAACCUUUGAAGGAAUGAAUGAAGGAGGCUGAGUUAGCAGUGGUGGUGGUUUAGGUAGUCCCUCAGGCCAGUAUCCUCCCAGUGAUGGCAGGACCACCACUCUGUAAUGCCAUAAGUAAAUGUUUUGUAACACAGCACCCUCUGCUUACCAUUACUGCUCAAGCAUUUUUAACAUUCCUAUUUUAUUUCACUUGUCCAUUUUCUCUGUGGCCUGUCUCCACACCUGACAAGUCCAUGAGGGUGUAGCUAAAGACUGAAGAACAUCUGAUAGUGACAUUUUUAAGUAGCUGUGUACUAAGUCCAUUCUAGAAGUUUGGCCCAUAGACCACUGGAGAGCGAGGAGCCUAGCCUUCAGGUGUCACCAUGUUCAUCUGCUCACAGUUAGUAUUUGGUUUUCCUGGAGUACUUUUCAGCUAUGGAAGUUUGAUAUAAUUUAAACUAACCGGUGUUAUAUAUCAAAAAAAUAUAUAGAUAUAUUUACACACAUUCCAGCCUGCAACUGCAAGCUUUUGGGAGUUUUUAAAUAUAUCAUUUGGUGAAGCUUACAUUGUCUGCUGAACUCUGUUAUGUACUUUAAAAAUUAUACGGUACAAGCAAAAUUGGAUACACUAAAAAACUGCAAACUUUCUUCAGUGGGCUGCAUAGUGUAUCAAAAACAUUUUUGAAACAUUGGAAGUGGUGUGCUGGUGUGAGCGGGAGCCGUGCCCUCCCCACGUGUUGUUGCUGCCUGUUGCUCCAGCACCACUGAGAGGCUGCAGGUGGAGCUCUAGUGUUCUUGACUCAUUGGGGAGUCGCGAGUUACCCUGUUAGGCUGUACAUAAAAAAAUGAUGUCCCUUUGUACUGAUAAACUAUUUUUGUACUCAGAUGUGGAACUUAGAGGUAGUCAUUACAAUGAUAACUUACUACAUUACUUGUAUUACCUUGCAUGUACAUCAUCAUCUUUGUGAGUGGAGGUCUGUUACUGGGAACCUUUGCUUCAGGAGUGAAUUAAUUACCUUGUACUCUCAUUGCCUUUUGGCUUUGGUUGUACAAGACCAGGAUAACUAGGAGAUAGGACCAGGAAAGUGCCAAGCAAGGUAGAGAACAAUAUCAAACUAGGAAAUCAGGAUUACUUUAGUGGAUUCCAUGCAAACACAGAUUAAUUAUCCCGUGUUUGCAUGUGCUAGCGUGUGUUUGUGUGAAGGCAUAGUUUACGUAGGCAGGCAAGUUGCUAGUAAGCAUGUGUUGGCACUUGAAAAUCUAGAGAUAAUAGUGAGAGAUCUGAGUAAGACUGUGGAAUGAGAGUAGAGCCCCAAGGGACUGUUGGAGGCGAGAUAGAAACAACCUCCUUUUGACCUCACCAAUGUACUGCAGGCUUUUAGGUGUAAAGCUACAUAUUUCCUUUAUUGGAUAAAUAUACUCUUUCUGUAUCUAGUCCAGCUCUUGGUUAUCCAGAAGGGGAAAAAAGAUUAUUUGUAUAUACAGUGAAUAGUGGAAUUAGCAGCAUGUUACGUAGGGAGCACUGCUGGAGAAGUGAAGGGCAUUCAUAUUUGUAUUAGUCUUGAGAAAAUACAAUUCCAUAAGAUGAUCAUGCUAUCAAAGUUUUUUAUUAGCUUUCUACACACCUAUCGCACAUUGAUGGGGGAUCCUGUGGAGGGAAGAGUGUCGGUGCAGUCAUUGUACAGGAGAACGAAACUCUGCAUGUUAUUUUUGUCAAUUAUGAGCUCAUUAAUAACAGAAAAACUG